AUGAGAAAUAAUGCAGAACUCCCAAGGAACACUCUGUACUGCCUGGAGAUUAGCCCUGGUGUAAGGUAUGGGACAUGAUAUUUUAUAUGUAGAGUUGUAGUAGUGUGGCUUUCCCUGUGGCUGGUUAUACUGGAAUAAAGAUGACCUAUUGAAAUGAACCAAAAAAGCUAUAACAUACUUUUAAUCAGGAAAAACGUGUGUACUUGGGAGUGGGGAUGGUAUAUUUCUUAAUGAAUUGUCUUGAAAUAAUAAUGAUCUCUGUGUAGAUAGGGCAUAAAAACCCAGAGAAUUCCAGGCUAACUUUCGGUCUGUACUUAUUGAAGUGUAUUUUGGGCUAUUAAAACCCUGGGCUAUAUUAAAUGAUUUUAAAUAUAUAAGCUUGUUACCAUGAAGCCACUUGAGAUAUUGUACAAUGUGACUGCAGAUAUAUGCAAAUUGGCAUAAUUUCCAUUUGACAUAUGCACUGUAAUUAUUGAAAGCUUUUUUCCAAAUUUAUUUUUCAUGUCUGCUGUAGUUAAUUCACUAUCUCCUUUUAACACUGGCAAUUAUAAUUAUUUGCUAAGAGCAAAUCCUUGCUAACAAAAAUCCAGUUUUCUUUAGCCUGCAGCUUUUCCUUUGAAAUCAUGAUGAGGUACUGUUAAUCAGAGGAACCAGUGCUGGCCUCUGAGUAUCCAGCAGGGCAGGAAAACACUGCAGUCAGAAAAAGAAAUGCAAUUAAUUAGUCUAAGCUUCUUUCUAGCAUCCCAGCCCAGCGCCUCCUGGGUUGCCAUGUUUGAGUGAAGAGGUGCUCUGUGAGAUCAGAGUUAGCAUCUCAAUAGAAAUUAAAUUGAAGACUGUGUGCGCCCACUCUGAGAUUUCUCCUCACAAGUUCUUGCUCAUUCUUCUCUUGCAGGGGCUACAGGUAGAAAAUAGCAUAUAUUGGGGGAAAACAGUGUUAUUGGGUUGAAAAAUAAGCUUUCUGGGGUUGUUUUGCAUAGGAAUCUGAGCCAAGUCUCUGACUGAAAAAUGGAGCAGUUGAAGAGCUUUGAGAUUCUGGCUGCAUACUGUUGUUUGGAAAUAAAACAGUUCUUAUUCCCUUGAAAAUGCCUUGUCCUUUGUGUCCUCCUUUUCCUUGGAGAUCAGUGUGUUAUGCAGCUUCUGAAAGGAAAUACAAGUGCAAGUGCUGUCUAAGAAUUGCUGACCUACUUUACAGGUGUUUUAUUCUUCAUUGAAUCAGAUAUGUACCUGCAACAGUGUAGGUGGAUAAAAAAUUUCUUUCAUUUCUUUCGCCCACUGUGGCACAGGUCAAGUGCAGGAGAGCUCUACCCUUGAAGCUUCUACCCCUGGAAUAUUACUCCAGGUUCUCCUGGGGCUUCAAAGGGAUGAGGGCCGAACAUAGCUUUGCAGUGAGCUCAGAACAACAUAAGGCAUUGGGAAAAAUGUCAUCUGUGACCGAACGGCGACUCCCCUGGAUGCCUUCAGGAUGAUGACUGCGGCUCAUUAUUACCCAAAGCUCAUGAGCAUCAUGGGGAACGUUCUGCGCUUCCUGCCUGCUUUCGUGAAGAUGAAGCAGCUGAUCCAGGAGGGUUACGUGGGGGAGCUGCUGGUGUGCGAGGUGCAGGUCCACAGUGGGAGCCUGCUGGGCAAGAAGUACAACUGGAGCUGUGAUGACCUGAUGGGAGGCGGGGGCUUGCACUCGGUGGGCACCUACAUCAUCGACCUGCUGACCUUCCUCACCAGCCAGAAGGCCGUGAAGGUGCACGGGCUGCUCAAGACCUUUGUGAAGCAGACGGACCACAUCAAGGGCAUCCGGCAGAUCACCAGCGAUGACUUCUGCACGUUUCAGAUGGUCCUGGAAGGGGGCGUGUGCUGCACAGUGACGCUCAACUUCAACAUCCCGGGGGAGUUCAAACAGGACAUCAUCGUGGUGGGCUCGGCAGGACGGCUCACUGUCAUAGGCACUGAUCUCUACGGACAGAGCAACAGCUCUCCUCAGCGGGAGCUCCUGCUGAAGGACUCCACGCCAGUCAGCAACUCCUUGCUUCCGGAGAAAGCCUUCAGUGACAUCCCAUCCCCCUACCUGCGGGGCACCAUUAAGAUGGUGCAGGCUGUCCGGCAGGCCUUUGAGGACCAGGACGACAGGAGGACCUGGGACGGGAGGCCCCUUACGAUGGCUGCCACUUUUGAUGACUGUCUGUACGCCCUGUGUGUGGUGGACACCAUUAAAAAGUCAAACCAGCUGGGGGAGUGGCAGAACAUUUCGAUUAUGACUGAGGAGCCAGAACUGAGCCCGGCGUACUUGAUCAGCGAAGCCAUGCGGAAGAGCAGGAUGUCUCUGUACUGCUAGCUCCUCUGAGCUCCUAGGAAAGAAUAGGAACCAGACAGCUCUUGAAGGAGAUGGUUAUUCAGCCCAUCUUGGGUGUCUUGGGUGUCUUAGAAAGAGCUGAGGAUAAGGGAGAAGGAAACACAGUGUCUGAAUCAAUUAAAUCUGUUGGCAGCUAAAUGCCAAACUGAUAUGGUCCUUUGAGAUGCCCAAAACGGACAGGAGACUUAAGAGCUGAUAAACGUAACUGUUUUAAUAACAGUAUUAGCUGGCUGAUUGCAAAGAUACAUCAUGGACUCAUCCCCUGCUUGCAGGUGCUCUAGAUUAUCCAAUUGUGUUUACUGUGAAAGGUUGGGAAGAUCCUUUUAGAUUUUCCUUACCUACCAGAGGGCUGUGAAGGUACUGUCAUGUCGUUAAAUUUUCUGUAGUGUCUGACAUGAAUGGUUCCUACCAUGACAGCUGACACCACCAUGCUGUAUUACUACACCUCCAGCCAACACACAGAAUAACAGGACUUGAUGUGAAAGUGUUGCAGGAUUCAGAAAAUCUUGGCAGCUCACUUCUCAUACAGCCUGUUAGGAGCUUCUCUGUGUUGGUUUAAUAGUUGUUUUUUGUUUUGUUUGGUGUUGGCAUUUUGUUUUGUUUUGUUUU